GUGAUUGGCGGAAGGGUGAACAUGACAUUUCCAUUGCUUUUAAUUGAACGGAGCGUUCCAUCGGUUUUUAUCACGAAACCCCUUGACGCCGCGUUUUAUCAGUUCCAGUCGACGUUUGUUUUCUCCAUCCGGCUGCACUGCUGCAGCUCUCUGCACGACGAGAUCCCGAUCUGCAGACUGCAAAGUCUUGUGGCAGUUCCCAAGCUCGCCUGCCAUGGAAGAAGAUGGCCGCUUCUAUUUGUGGGUUUUUCCUGGUUCGAAUCUGAUGAAUCACUUUGUGAUCCAGCAGGGCGCUUUAUAGAGGAGGGAGGAGCUCCUCCGCUACUCCAUUCUCCGAGCGGCGGGAGGCGGUUGUUUGUCCUUAGCAACGGCGUCUCGAUCUGUUCGCCGAUAAAAAAAACGACCACCACUUCGGUCUGAGAUUGCCUCUUUUGGGAACGAGGUUUUACAUUCACCAAGCAGAGUACCUACUGCGAUUCAAAAGCAGGAAACGAUCUUCUCUGUAUCAUCAUCACUAAGCUAAUUAGUGGAAUGAUGUUGUCGACCCCUUCUCACCACCAUCUCCUGUUCCGUUCCGCCCCGUCCGCACGACAUUUCAUCGUCAUCUUCAAGAAAAGGCAACGGAUACAUCGUCCGGUCAAAUUUUGGGAACAACCCGACGGUGAGGGUGGAAGGUUUCGAUUGCCUCGACAAAGACAACAAGAAUCGCAGCAUCCCCGCCCUGCAUUGCAUAGACAGAGAUCUUUCAUAUCAUAACCCACUUCUCUUCACUCCCCUCUAGAAACUCCAAACUUUUGCUACGAAUUAAUUAAGGUUAAUCAAUAGAAUAGGAAACAAGUCAAGUCAUCGGCAUUUGGUAGUAGCAACGAAGAGCAGAGCAGCAGCGAGCAGGGUUUUGGUUUAUUUAUGCUUCUCUUGAGAGGUAAUACAAACCAAUCCCUUUUUAUGAUAUCUGUACUAUAAUGGUCUGUUUUUGUUUGUAAAUGCUCAAUAGAAUGUGUCAGUGUAAUUAAGUAAGCAGAGGUCAUUUCAUUUUUAGAAUAAGAGCAGGGAAUGGAGAAGCUUUUCCCCAUAAUAUAAUUAUCAUACACAUGUUUUGGUCUCUUGGACAUGCGUUCAAGUGCCAACUACGACACUGCAAGCCACUAUCAAUCUAGAACUGAGGAGAAGUUCAAAUUAACCCCACCGAAGCUGCAGCCAGAUCUUCGCCGUCAACAAUAUUUUUCGAUGAGCUCCUUGCAAUUGUAGUUGGGGUUCAAGUUUGGAGCAAGAAGGGAAUAAAAU